CAAGCCACGCCCUUUUAGCCACGCAUCAACAUGGCGACGCACGGAAGUACACAGCGAAGAAGAAGCGGCGUUUAUGCCUGUUUUUCUGUUUUAAUUCUUCAUUUGCUUCUCGCCAGAUGUGUUUUAGCUGAAGAUAAUCCAAAUCCAGCAGAUCAAAAAAGAACACCAACUCAAACUAGUGGUGAUCAGGUUUCCCCAGUAACCAUAAAUAAGACGCCAGCAGCACCAGUUAUUUCACAGAAUUUGACAACAUCGGUAAUUUCAACUUCUGCUGCUCAGGAUGGCCCAGAAAAAACUCAGAAACCUGAUGUUGAUGAACAGCCUCCUACAGAAAAAUCAACAGACACGGAUAAAAAGCCGACAGAAAAGUCUCCUCCUAGUGACGCCAAAACGACAAAUGCCCCAAAAACCUCCACAAAAACGGUUCCAACUACUCCAAAUGUUCCAACCACAACUGUAAAACCUGCUAAAACAACCAAACCUAGCGAUGCACCACAGCCGGACGUCCCACCGAAAACAACCCACACUUCAGUACUGCCGAGCAUCGAUCUGACCACUGAGCAAAAUGCCAUUGUGACAGAGGUGUCUGAUUACGAUAAGGAGGAGGACGAUGAUGAUGAGGAUGAUAACUAUCUCUCUACUGAGAGCAACAACAACCACGCCGACAAAAAACCGGUGAACAAAAACCUGAUAGAUCUGACGGAUAACGAGGAUCCAGAAUACAACGCUGAAGAUCAGGACUCCCACUUCUUCGUCCACCUGGUCAUUCUGGCCUUUUUGGUGGCCAUCGCCUACAUCACCUAUCACAACAAGAGAAGGAUUCUUCUCCUGGUCCAGAGCCGCCGCUGGAAAGACGGUUUAUGUUCUCGCAACACAGUGGAGUACCGCCGCUUGGACCAGAACGUCAACGAGGCCAUGCCAUCUCUCAAGAUGACCAGCGACUACAUCUUUUAAUCGAGCUUUAAUGACCAGAGCAGCACCUCACCUCCAGCUCAUUCGCUCUGUCCAGAUUCUUUCUUUUGCUCAACACGUCAAAGGAAGAGGAGAGCAGAACUGUCUUGACUGUUUGCCGUCUGGUUGACAAAUCCUUGUAUUUUAAGUUGAUUUUCAAAAUUUUAUAUUUUUUCUUUUUUUUCUCCACUUUUGUUUUGGGAUCUUUUUGUUGAUGGAAUUUUCCCCCCCAUUCACUGGAAUCCUCUUUUUUUAUUUUGGAAAUGUCCUGAUAUUUGGUGAUGGGUUGAGAGAAUGAUAACUGAUUUCUUUUGAAAAGGGAUUGAUAAAUAAAUAUAUGCAUAAAUUUACCAAUCAAACAUCACACAGAAAUAAUGUGAAGUUCCUCCUCCAAAAUUCAGAGCAUUCGACUCAAAUCAUCGUAAUUGUGAUGAAAGUUCUGGACCGUUUCUGGUUUAGACCGACUUUGCAGAGACACUUUCAGUUCUGACUUCAGAGGAACAACACUUUACUUGUAAUUUUUUUAAAUCAAAAGUAUAAUAUUAAAUUAUUUCUAACAACUAAAUCAUGAUAUUACCCUGCGGUACAAGGGUUUAUCUUAUUGCUUUUAGGGUGAAAUGUUUUUUUUAAAGAUACUACAAUGUUUUGAGUGAUUUUAAAUAUAAUUUUUUAAUGAAUUAAUCUUUUUUUCUUUAAUUUUUACGCUGGUAAAUGUUCUCAGAUUGAGUAAAAUGAAGUUUAAGGAAUUUCUGCAUGAGCUGAAGCCAUUUCUACACAGAUGGAUGUUUAAAACGUUCACUUUAUAUUUAUCUUCAGAAGUACCUCUGCUAUGUUUACUGUUCACGUGAUGCUAUGCAGAAAUCCUGCAGCUGGACGCCUGUUUUUACGACUUCGAUGAAGUCCCCGUCGACACAUCCGAAUUGGAAUCUCUGGAGAACCUUCUGAAUGAGUAGUGGCCUCAUCCUUGCGUUGUCUGCUAAGCCAUAAAAUAAAACAUGAAAAUAGAAAUUAUCCAUCUUUGUUGCCAUCCUCUUCUUCAUCUGUUGCCUUUCAAUGUGACGACUCUAAUCCCACGUCUCCGUUUGAUUUCAAGUGUCUGUACACGAGGUCUAUGUGGGUUGAUGGAUUUUGCACUUUGCUGCUCAGUCAUGCUAGCUAAGUCAUUAAUGGGAAGUUUUCCUGAGGUUUAGCACUGCUUUUUAAAUGAUCUAAAAUUGUACAAUCUUUUUUUUUUUCUUCAAUAAAGCACAAACUAUAUAAA